ACUCAAGCUUCAACUCUGCUCCUGGUUUUGCACCUGGUCCCCGGGGCCGCCUCACGGCCUCUCGCUGCUGUUUACUGAGCUCUUGUCCUGAUAUCACUCCGCUGGCAUGGAGGAGGAGGAGGAAGCAGUGAGAGAAGGAGGAGGAGGAGGAGAGCACUUGAUCAUUGUGAUGGUGGCAGGAGGAGCAAAGUAACAGCAGCAACAUUAGCAGGCUCUGCUCUCUCAGCUCCCUUCAGCAGCCUCCACUGCUCUACUUUUUGCAACUGCUCUGGCUAUUGAGUUGAGUGGCUCUCCCCCUACCAAGCUCUCCCCCCUCCUCCUCUUGCUCACUCAGGAUUUAUGUAGAAAGAGAUACUUUCCUUUUUAUUGGUUCUUCUGCAUAAUCUAUUUUAUUCUUUUUUUUUUUUUUUUCCUCUCCCCUAUUUUAAAAAUGCAGGAGAGCCACAAAAAGUACUUUGGACGCUUUGCUGCCCACACAAGUAAACUUUUUUUCCAUGCUCUGUGGAAGGGGGAAUCCAGUGGGAAAGCAGGCAGUGUGCUAGUGCUGUGAGUGAGGGGGAGUGUGUGCAUGUGUGUGUGCCAGCCUGUGCUGUGUGUGUACUUAUGGGGCACAAGUGUGUGAAAGUAGUGACAAUAAUGUGUGGGCACCAAGUGACUGGACCUUCUGCUCCUUUCUGGGGAUUUAUGAGAGACGUUGGAUUAUAGAGACAGAAGACGACAAGCGAUCUCCUGAUACCAGCCCUGAACUCCUGCUCUCUUCCAUAGUGCAAUAUUGUAGCUUGCUUCUUAUUGGGUUUUUUUUUUCUUUUUUUUGUCGUAAGAAUGGGCGACCCCCGCUCUCCCCCCUGGGGGCUUGAGCUAAGGUGAUGCACUGACCCGGUGCCCAAGGCUCUGGCUACAAAUACAUUGUAACAACUGUUAUGAAUCUGUGGGUGCCAACCGUGCCCGCCUAGUCAUACAUUAGCACUCCUGGCUACUGACCGGUGGGAAUAACUUACCUGGAGAGGAAAGAGCUACCUAUUGGCAGCCACAAAGUAACGGGGGCCCAGAGACACUAGGGGAAAAGCAGUUUGUGGGGGACUCGAAACUUAUUUUCAAAAUAGUGUGCACGGGGACCGGCAUGGGGGAUUUCGCUGCCCCCGCUGCCUCCAAUGGCAGCAGCCUGUGUAUCAGCACUGCCCUGGGCAGCGGCAACGCUCCUAGCAUCGGCGGGGUUGGAAGUCACAGUAGUAAUAAUCCCCCUCCCAGCACUAUUGGCCCCAAUGCAGCGAACAAUGGGAGCAGCGUGAGCAUUCCUAAGCACAGCACCGUGGUAGAGAGGCUCCGGCAAAGGAUAGAGGGCUGCAGGAGGCACCAUGUCAGCUGUGAGAGCAGGUACCAGCAAGCCCAGGCGGAGCAACUGGACAUGGAAAGAAGGGACACGGUGAAUCUUUACCAGAGGAGCCUGGAGCAAAGAGCCAAGAAGUCAAGCAGCAGCCAAGGAGGUGCGUCUGCAGGAGCAGCUGCAGGGUCAGCCUCUGGAGGAGCUGGUGGCAACAAGCAUCACCACCAGCAGCACCAGCAGCAGCAGCAGGUCAAGCAGCAGCAGCAGCAGCAGGAUGCAGAGACAGCGGGCAGCAGUGGCACAGCUGAGCAGCGGAACCACACUCUGAUCAUGCUGCAGGAAGCUGUCCAUAGGAAGCUUGAAGGUGCACGGUCACCCCAAAAUGGAGAACAGCAAAAUGGGGUUUGUGAUGGGAGAUUCUCUCCAUCUGCUAAACGGAGAAGGAAGGAGUUGCCUGGGAUGGACACUCUUAACAAUCUUUCCAACAUGCCACUACCUUCAGUCUCUCCUCUUCACCAGCUCGAUAUCAAGCCUCAUAUACAGAAUAGUGGGAUCCAUUCAGGUGGCUUGGAAGAUGUAAGUAAAAAUGGUGGGCAACAAGAUAUAAAACUUGCAGUGAACGGUUCCAGUGAUCUAGAGGAAAGUCUCAAUAUACUCCAAAACAAAGAAAUUAAGCACGAGCCUCUAGAUGAUGCUUCUGUAAUAGACACUUCAGAAACAUCUCUUUCUAACCAAAACAAACUUUUCUCUGACAUCAACUUAAAUGACCAGGAAUGGCAGGAGUUGAUUGAUGAGCUUGCAAACACAGUUCCAGAAGAUGACAUACAGGACUUGUUCAAUGAAGACUUUGAGGAGAAAAAAGAGCUAGAUUUUCCCAGGCCCUCUGCCCAAACCCCACUUCCGCAUGAAAGUGCCAGUGUAAAGAGUGAUCCAUCUCACUCUCCUUUUCCCAGUGUUUCAAUAGGCUCUCCUCAGGUGAGGCCAUCUUCAUCUGGUCCUUCUUUUUCUAAUGUGUCUUCUGUUUCCAGUAUACCUUCUGUUUCUAGUGCUCCAUCUACCUUAAUGCUUGCUGGUUCACCAGCAAGUUGUGUUGUCCAGUCCCCGCAAACACCUACACAACCCCACACUCCUGGUCAGCCAUCAACAAGACCUGGAAAUGGUUAUGCUAUGAACCCCUCUUCUAAUUCAGGGAGUGGGUCUGUAAACCUCCCAAGUGCUGAUUUAUCUCCAGCUGAGCAACUUAAACAAAUGGCAGCACAACAGCAGCAGAGAGCAAAACUGAUACAACAAAAACAACAACAGCACACAACCCAGCCUUCCAGCUGGUCGCCCGUGGGGCCACCAUCCAGUCCAUAUGGAGGGGCAUAUGGAACAGAAAAACCAACCAGCCCUAUGAUGUACCCCCAAGUGUUUAACAAUCAAACUCCUAUUGUUUCUCCAAUGGCAAACAAUCCUCCAAAAACCACCAUGAACAACUACCUCCCUCAAAGCCACAUGAACAUGGCAAACCAGCAGACAAACAAUCUGGGUACAAAUUCCAUCAGCAAACCUUCUAAUAUGCUUAGUUAUGGUAAUACAAAACCACUAUCACAUUUUAGUGCUGAGAUGAGUCAAAGGAUGACUCCCCCUCUAGCCAACCAAAACAAGAACUCGCUGAUACCCUACAUACAACAGCAGCCACCAAUGCCACAACAGAUGAGCCAUUUAAGUGAGGAGCAGAAACGUUUGCUUAUUAUGAAGCAGAAGGGACUCAUGAACCAAUCAAUGGGAUAUCCUCCUCUUUCAGCACAUGGACAGGAGCAGAAUGCAAUUGGGAUGUCACGGCCAUCUGGUCCCAUGCAGCAGUCUGGUGCCACCCCUGGGGGUCCAGGAUUCAUGCCCAACCAGCCACAAGCUGCCAUGAUGAAGCAGAUGUUUAUAGAGCAAAGAGCCCAGCUCAUGGAGCAACAGAAGCAGCAGCUUCUCAGGGAGCAGAGACAACAGCAAAUACUGGCUGAGCAGCAGCAGAUGCAGCAGCCUCACUUGAACAGGCAGCACCUCCAGCAGCAGCAGCAGCAGCGCAAUCCCUACACAGUGCAACAAGUCAAUCAGUUCCAAGGAGAUAUGGCAAGAAACCAAGCAGCUCUUCAGAAUAUGCGAACAUCACGGAUUAUUGUGCAAAAUGCAGGAAUGAUGCCCAUGGGCCCAUCCCAAAACCCAGGAGCAGUGGGCGCUUCUUCUCUACAACCAGAGAUGGGCAUGGCGCCUUACAGCAACACAUCAACCAACCAACCAGCAAUGUACAACAUGAAUACUGGGGUAAACCAAAUGAUGCAGCACCCAAACCAAAACAGCAUAAAUAUGGGUCACAGUUCAAUCCAAGGUCCAAGACAGCCUUCUUCUGGACAGCCAUUGGGGCUUGUUGGGGGCUUUGGACAAAACAUACUAGUUAAUCCUGUUAUGUCUCAACAACAUCAGCAAAUGAAAGGACCUGUAGGCCAGCCCAUAAACAGGACCCAGACACCAAGACUUCAAAACAUGAUGACAUCUCUACCACAAGGAGCACAAGGAUGGGCACAGCGAGGGCUACAAGGGAUGUCAGUGAGAACUAGUGGAGACAUUGGGGCAUAUAACAAUGGAUCUAUAUACCCAAUGCAGUCCGGGCAGCCAAGGAUGCCCAAACAACAUUUUCAACAAGGGCAUACUCAGAGUGUCAUAGACAGUUCUGGAACUGUAAGGGCUCUAAACCCAGCAAUGGGAAGGCAAAUGAUACAAUCAUUACCUGGACAGCAACUAAACAACCAGCCCAGGCAAAUCAUGCCUGGUAUGAACUCGGUGGUUCCCAGUAUGCCAAGUUUUAACCCAUCACCAUCACAGCAAAUGCCAGGAGGUAGCUUUUCUCAAAACAACCAGGGACAAGUUUAUGACAGGAACCCCAGUCAGGAUAUUGCGUACAGUUACACAGACGUUGGUGCUGGUUCCUUUCCAGGGAUUGCAGAUGGUGUGGACCUUGUGGACUCUAUUAUGAACAGAGGGCCAGGAGAUGAGUGGAUGCAAGAACUUGAUGAGUUGUUUGGGAAUCCAUAAUGGGUGUAAUUGGAAAAUAAUUUAAAAUAUAUAUACUGUGCUAAAUGAAAAAGAUGGUUCCCCAUCUGUGUAUAGCUGAGCCGAGCAGCAGGCAGUUACAGGUCACCUGGUAAUGAAUGGCAGUGCCGUGUACUAUGGGAGAGAAGCUACAAAUAGAAAACCAUUUGUAUCCGUAGUCAGUAGCCUAAGAGGGUACAUGUUAAGGUGGUAAAAAGGGAGACUGAUAUGAGUAGAAAAAAACACCCCGAGACAUCGGAGUAGGGUGAUUUUGAAGGAAAGGCUUAUGGGUAAUAGGAAUGCUCUGUCAGCAUUAUACUCAGAAGAGCAGGCAGGAGUCAGCUGUUAUGAAUGUGAUAUUUGUACUCAGAGCCUGUAAAGAAAGGAUGGCAGCAGCCCCUCCAGCAAGGGAGAGUUCUGGGAUUGUUAGCACAGCCCUUUCUGUCAGAGAACACUACAGAAAAUUCCUUUUAUUCAAGGCAGAAAAUGAUGUUAAUUAGCACCAACAUAGCACCUCAACUGAUCAUUUCUUUAAAAAAAUAAAGUUAAAAUAUGCUCAUGUUUCCCCAAUAUUUGCAGGCACGCGGAGGCAAGUUCUUCCAGAUCACAAACAAGUAUUGCUUAGACACAGCUGGAUUCUGUGCUAAAAGAAGGCCACUGAAAUGCUCAUCCAACAUCCCUUCUAAAUUUCUUUUUUGCUAUUAUCCCUUUCAUUUCAACCUCCAGUAGCUAUUGUUUGUAGAUACAACGAUGAAGGGCAUCUGUAUAAAAAAAUACAAAAAGGAAAAAAAAAAUACACGGGUAAUUUCCAUAGAAUGUACGUGUCCAAUGCUGUCAAUUACUGUAUCUUUUCCUAAAUGUAAUGUCGCUUUCCCUGCCGCAACCAAAUGAAGGCAGGAUGCAGUGCCAAAACCGCUGGCAUCAUAUUCUGGGUUUUAUAUGUGUGAUUUUUAACAAAGAAAACAAAAAGAAAAAAAAAACUAAUUUGUGACUGGGAUUAAAUUAACCUGAUUCUGACCUUUUUUAAAUGUAAUUAGAAUUUGUAAUGCAUUAACAUGGCUGCUUUCAGGAUUACAAAGCACUGUAUUCUGGUCUUCAUAAUGUUUAAUAUAUUUAUUUCUUAGUUAUGUGUUGUGGGCUGGCAUGUUUACACCCUGCUAUGUAAUGUUCUCAAUGUGAUCCUCAUCUCCCAAACUGUUAUUUAAUCCUGUAUUGUCACCGGCAAAAAGCAUCUGAUCCUUGUGUUGCUAGUUCUCAUCUCCUCGUGCAACCCAGCGGCGUUAGCCAGGGAAUGUUACAUGUAUGGUUACAAGUAUUCUGUGCCCGCAUCUAUUUGCCUUUUUUAAGGGUCUCCUUUUUCCUAUUUUUUUUAUAGAGCAAUGCUUGGGGAAUGCAAGCUUGUAAUUAUUGUAAAUGAAAUAUACAAAGCAAUAUGUAUAAUCUGGUGGUUGCCAUGUUCUUGUAUAUUACCUAUGAUGGAUUUAAAAUACUGGAUCAUUAUUUUCCCCUAAAUAUCAUGUUUCUAAACCUCCAAAGAUUGAGUUCUUCUACAUUUUUCUAUGCUAAACUUCAUAGAAAUGUUCAUUAAAUUGACUUUGCCUAGCUUAGUUAUAUUUCAUAUUUCUAGCUAGUAGCAUAUCACUGGGUAUUUAAAGACUGGGGGGAGGUUCUAAACUCUCCUGCGUGUGUUUAUUCCAGUCACCAACUCAGGCCAUAGAUUCUCCUUCAGUAACAAUGUCCCUAUAUUGUCAUCGGGGUACAACACAAGGUUAUGCCAUUCAGUUCGGUGAAAAUUCAUAUUUAAAAUACAUUUUAAUCAGUUUGAAUCGGUUGAAAAUGAGUGGAUAUGACCCAAGAUUUAGAAUGAUAUAACAGAAUAUAUAUAGUUGCAGGUUACUGAAUAGGGUUGCUACUUGCCAAGUAUAUCCCUAGCCUAACCAGAAAAUUCCAGCCAAGGCAGGGAACUGUACCACCCUACCAUCUCCCAGGGGGGGGCUAUCUAACUAAGAAUGGAUUAGAAUAAUUAAUAAUUGAAUACAUGAUUUCCUGGUACAAAUAUUGCUACAGAUAUUUCUAGGUUCAAUCUCCUCUGACUUCCCAACCUCUGACUGGUUUAUUCCCCCAACCCCAUAACAAUGAUCUGGGUAUAUAAAGUUAUGCUAUGAUUCCAGGGUAUGUGGCACAGUCAAAAAAAAAAAUAACCAAAUUUUGCUAUAAUAGGCUUUCAACUGCCCCUUUCCUCUAGAUGUGCAGCCCCCCUAGUUUGUGAAUCCAUGAUGAUCGAUUGGUUGUGCUGAACAAAAGCUAGUGCCACACUGCCCAGUCUGGCAGUGCCCUAAAUCACCUUUAUGGGAGCCAAUGGCCCUGCUGAAAAUCACCAUUACCGUCAUUGUACUUGUGCUAAAUGAAAGCAAAUUAAAUGGUGUAUUAAAUAGCAUCAGCACCUGUAGGGCAUGAUGGGAAAAUCACCAUCCCCUGAAAGACCUGUUAGUAAUGACUUGUUAUUAAUGAUAUACAUAUGAAUGUGAUAGGGGUGAGUCAAUGAAAGGCACGCUGCUCUUCUGUCAGUUUUAGGGCUCUGGCACACAGUUUGAUUGGGGAGACCAAAACACCACGUCACUGGUAACUUCCCUUUGACAUGACUGGUAGGUGCCAUUAAUCUUCCUGCACCAAGCUAUGUACUUUUUUGGAGGACGAUAACCCAUCAUUGUGCCUAGAUAUAAUUAAUAGUUCUGCCAGUGGGGAAGGAACAGACUCCAGUCAAAUAUAGUUCAAUUCAACAACAGCUGAUGUGGGGAAAGUAAUAUAUUUUCAUAGCACCGAGUCUCUUUACCAGUGCAGGAGAUACAUUUGCCACAAAUGGACAAGAGGUUGGCCAGGAAACAUCAAUUCUACUCAGUAUCUUCACUGCCUUUCCAGUGUUUUCUCUAAAUUCACCAUGUUGGGACCAAGUAGAACAGACAGAGUAUCUUUUCUUUUUAACUAUGGUGCUGAUGUAAAUGUUCGCAAAUGGUUGUCUGUAAAUAUCUUUUUACAUUAAUGCAGAUAUCACUGGGUCUCCUGUCUGUACAAAUAUAUAUAUAUAUAUAAAAAAUAUAUAUAAGUAUAUAUAUAUAUAUAUACUGUUUGUUUAAAAUAGAGUAUUUUUAUUUCUUUCUUUUAUUCUCCAUCGAAGCAGUGGUAUUGCACUUCAGAUUGCUUGUAAUUUAAAAAUGGUAUUGUAUAAUUUGCAGAGAUCUGCACCAUAUGGGAUCAUUUUUUCGAGGUAUUUUUUUAUUGGCUUCUUUUUGAAACUGUAGAUUCAUGGCGUGUAGAAAACGUGAUAUUGGCAUACCACUUUCAGUACAAAAGGCAAUUAAAAUGGUUUUGAACAAUAA